AUGACAAUAUGUCUGUACGAGUGUCUGAAAGCUGUUGGGCUACAGCGUCACUACGCAAGGUUUACUUUGAUGGGUGUUUGCCAUGCAGACCACAUUUCAGGGUUAAGCAUGGAAGACUAUCCCCUCCUGGGAAUUUGCUCUAUGGAGGACAGGACUCGGCUUUUUCAUCUGGUCCAACUAGUGAAAAAUCUUGACCCGAAGAGCCUUGCAUAUGAUGAUGGUAUUGUUUGUGGAGAUGAUGAAGGUGAUGAGAGCUAUUCUGCAGUGGGUGGUUGCAGUUCUGAUGAUUAUCAAAAUCCUGGCGAAGACGUGAAUGAGGAUCAGGAUGAAAAUGGAGCUGCUAUAUCUAGUCCUAAUGUACCCAGUUUUGCUAAACUAUCACACGUUCGAAGACGUCUUGACUUCAGUGACGAACCCACUGAUCUUCAGCGGAGGCUGUUUUCUCAUCCUGCAGAUACUGUUCAUGCCUUUGCAAGUCAUAACAGAAAUAAUAAGCACAUCCAGGAAAAAGGAUCAGUCACACCUGUGGAACUUCAGCUUCACAGCAGAAAUGCUCUGCUAUAUGGCAAUCAAGAGAGCAACAACUGCAAGCUAGAUGUACAUAGCGGUUGUUGUCUGUGUAACUGUCCCAGCAGAAAAAGCAAUAAGCUAGGCAUCAGAGGAGAAAAUUCCACCCUAAACUCAAAAACCAGAUUACCACCAAACACAGAGACAUUCAACAAUCCAAAACCCAGUCCUGCAACAGUGAUGCCAAAGACAUUUAACAACAAACCAUUUAAACCCAAAGACAAAAACAAAAUCUCUCGAAAGACAAAUCACUACACAGACAUGGCCAAGCUCAUACCUGUUUAUGAAGCAAAGGGAACAGCUGGCUACAAUUAUGGACUGCCACUGAGUUUUACUCAUGCUCCACACAAAAAGCAAGUGGGAGGACAGCGAAUUAGUGUGUGUGUGAGGAAAAGACCUUUGAUACAUGCAGAGUGCAGAAGAGGAGAGACAGAUGUGGUGACAACUCCAGGUGGAGAAUGUGUGAUUGUCCAUGAAAGCAAAGAAGCCGUGGAUCUCACACAAUACAUACGGCAGCACAAGUUCUACUUUGAUCAGGUUUUUGGAGAGGAGAGCUCGAAUGAAGACAUGUAUCAAACAACAGUUUAUCCUCUGGUGCAGCACAUGCUCAGUGGGGGCAAGGCCACCUGCUUUGCAUAUGGACAAACAGGUGCAGGAAAGACUUACACCAUGCUCGGCUCGUCUCCUGGGAAACCUGGGUUGUAUGCUCUGGCGGUUCAGGACAUUUUCACUCAUCUGUCCACCACAUACAGAUACUCAUCACUGCUGGUUUAUGUCAGUUUCUUUGAAAUCUACUGUGGUCAACUGUAUGACCUGCUGGACCACAGGAAAAGGUUAUUUGCCAGGGAGGAUGGACAAAAAGUGGUUCACAUUUCAAGGCUGCGUGAUGUCAGAGUGGACUCUGUCAGCUCACUGCUGGAGGUGAUUUCACAGGGUACAGCAGAACGAACACAAGGGGUGAGUGGUGUGAAUCCACUGUCCUCUCGUUCCCACGCCUUGCUUCAAAUUCAGCUUAGAGAUCCAAACAAGCAGAUAACUGGAAGAAUGUGGUUCGUUGACCUGGCAGGAAGUGAAAGGGCAUCAGACGCCAAAGAACAUGACAGGCAGAGUCGUAUAGAGGGAGCUGAGAUCAACCAGAGUCUGUUGGCACUUAAAGAAUGUAUUCGUUCUCUUGACAAAGAAGAAUCACACACACCUUUUCGACAAAGCAAACUUACUCUGGUUUUAAAAGACUCAUUUGUUGGUGACUCAAUGACAUGCAUGAUUGCAAAUAUUUCUCCUGGUCACCCAGCAACCGAACACACACUCAAUACACUGAGAUAUGCAGAUCGAGUGAAGGAACUGAGGGGAGCAGGAGGAUUAAAGGGAAGAGGGAGCAAGAUGGUACCUUCCUCCAAACAUUGCCUGUACAAAAGCAGCGGCAGUAACAGGACUGGGACCCCUAAAAACCCAAACCUAGGGAAACAAAGUGAUAUUUUUGGUUUCAAUACACCUACAACAAAGUUAUACACGGAGGACAGACUUCUCUGCUCAACACCCAAGAGCAAUAUAUGUGGAGAGGAAACACCAUCAGUGGCCAGAAAAGGGAUUGGACUUGAAUGUAUUACACCAAUUAGAGGCUGGCUGGGGAGGAAUGAUAAAUGUCAUGGGAGAAAAGGAGCAAAUGAAAGAGAGACCAGGAUAGUAGAAAAUGAAAGUUAUGGAAACACUCACAAUCACUGCGUUAGAGAGAAAAGUGGCAGGGCAGUGUUGGAACACGAAAAUAAUGAGCAGCAAAAACAAGAAGGAGCUCGUAAAGCUUGCCUAGCUUUUACUGAGCGGGAAUCUGGAUUCUACCACAGAGUAAAAGAGAGCUGGCAGCACACUAUGAAAGAGACAAGAAGAUUGGAAACAGAAUGGAUAGAACCAAGCAGACAAGUGGAAAACAGCAGAAACACAAGCAGUGAAGUAGUGAGGCAAAGUGAAAGAGGUUUACAUAUUUACAUUGAUGAAAUGGAGAGGAAGAGGCACCUCAGACAUUAUCAUCAAGAGCUGCAGCAGUUUAUACCCUCAUCAGCCUCACCAUCUGUCCACUUCUCCUCAUCUCCAACAUGCCAAUCUUUCUCUUCUUCUGCUCAAGGCUCUCUAUCUUCCCUCUCUGCCCAAAUGUACCAUGCUUUGGAAGACACUUCACCUGCAUGCAGGGCCAGGUUGGCUAGAGUUGGUUAUAAUAGAGGGCAAAUACCUUCUUCUGGUGGUGAGACUCACAUACAAACCGAAACAUCUUCAAACUUCUGUAACAAUAAGGAUGAGGAUGCUCAAGGAAACAGUGGCAGUAGUGAAGACUCAAUGGUUUCUUUGGAAGAAAUAGAAGCAAGCUUUAGGCAAGACUGGUGUGAAAAUAAGAAGAGGGUUAGCAGUGGGUUAGUUAAGGCAAGAGGUGAAGCAAAAGUCAGGAGAGAUUAUGAAAGAACAGCUGGACUGGAAAGGAGAGAGAGGAAGUGUGCUUGGGUAGCAGCCACAGAGAUGGAACCUGCAGAGAAUAAGAAAGAAGCAGAGGGACUGGAUACCUCAGAUAUCCCGAAUGAUGGAGAUUGGAGAACUAAGCAGAAAGAAGCAGCUAACUGCUACAGCGUAGGAUCUACCUACAGUUGCAAUGACAGCAACAGCCUCUGUACCCACCUUCCGUUUGAGUUUCAGCAUCAGCGAGCUCCUGCAGAAAGGCCCCUCUCACCAUCUGAAUAUGCCUACACACUCCUGACCUCAAACAAACCAAGUGAGCCUUCUGUCGAAUCAAAAUAUACUAGAUGCAAUGCCAAUAUUCAUACUUUACCACUGCAAAAUACUCCAGAGGUGACUUGCCAGAGAAAGAAAGCAACCUACUCUGUUACCAAUCAGUCAACUACUUUACCUGUCACUAUCAUGGCCAAAGUUGGAUGUAUACCUGCUGAGUCCCUUAACACACCUUCAAAAUGUUCUGCUUACACAAAGACAUACAACUGUCCAGAUGUCAAUACCAAAAAGUCUGUUCUACCUCAAGAUGAGACUUCUGUGGAUUCUUUUAGCUAUAUCAUGGAUCCACUCAGCAUCUCCCUGCUUCAAGUGGACCAACAGGCUGCAACAGCUUCGUUUCUACAGGGAAACAGCAAUACAUCAGCCUGUCCGGUUGAAAGAGUGAGUGGAGAGACUGGAAAAGAGUGUCUCUCAUGUGCUGAAAUGGAGGGGAAAUUUGUGGAGGAAGGGGAUGCAGAAUUUCGCCUGUCUCUUUUGGAGCUGCCACAAGAAAAGACUCUCCAUCCUGCUGUUAGUGAUAGUAAUCAUACUGAUCGACAGAUAUACAUAAAAAACAAUGUCUGUGGAAUAGGUACAAACAAGCCUCACAAUCCUGAGUGUACCCUGGCUUCAAACCAGAAUCGAGAGAAUAGUCAGAAAAACCAUAGUGUACCAGCUUUUAACAACAACGUCAGUGCAUCCCCACCUAAAGCUGCUUCCUGUGCUUCUGUACACACUCCUGUCAGGUUACCGUCUGUCCAGCACUUUGGCAACACUGGCUUAUCCACUUUUAAAAAUCCACCAGAAUAUGCAUGUGAUGAGAACAAAAAACAUUCAUUCUCCAUUACAACACAACACUCAGGAUGUUCCUCAGCUCACUCCAAUACACUACUUUUAGACCAAUCCAGCAAUUCAAAAACUUCACCCGAACCAAACAAUCCUGCAGAGUUAAGUAGGCAAGAAAGAUUGAGCAAUCAGCAAAUUAGACCCACAGUCCAUCUGCUUACCCUGGAUGACUUGAACCAUGCCAAGUGGUGUAUUGUCAAGGCCCAUUUGGAGCAGCUGAAAGAUAUGGAAGCUUUAUGUCAUAAAGAGAAGAAGCUUUUGUGCCAGCAGCAUGACAUGGCAUUGGGGGAAUAUGUCCACAAGCUGGCAGAAAUCAUGGAAAGAAAAGCAAGAUGUGCACACAGCAUGAAAGCUCAGCUGCAGCCGUACCUGAAACCUAUUCAAUCUAUGAACUCUCAAACCCAAACCCAAAGAGGAGAAAAUUAUUGUGAUUAAAUUAUGUAAACUGAAUGUUUUUUAAGAAAGAAUAGGCUUCAUGCAUUUUACGUCAUGUUAUAUGAAGUCAUUCUUUUUAAAAGUACACAGUAAGUUUCCUCUGAUGCAUGUUUAUUCUUAUAUUUAAGUUACUUCAUUUAUUGGUGUUUUUUUGUGUGUGUAUCAUCAAGACAGUUGUUACCAAAAGCUUUUUCAAAGUCAGCUUUAUUGUCAAUUCUGCAGCAUGUACAGGACAGAGAAUUUAAAUUACAGU